CGCGGAAAGAUUUCGAUGCAGGAGAUGAAGACGGUUUCACUACACCUACAAGCACGUUGGGAGAGACCUCUGGCAAAUGAAGGAUUUGUGCUUGGUGAACCUAUAUACUUUGAGGCCAGCACUAAUUUUAUUGCCAAAAAUGAGCAAGUGUUUGUAAACUCUUGUUAUGCUUCACCGUCUAAGAAACCAGAGUCUAUGCCUCGAGUGGAUGUUAUUAAGAAUUUUGGGUGCAUGGUGGACAGCAAGAGGAGGAGGAGUCGGUCCAAGUUUCUCUCUUACAAAAUGAAUGCCCUGCGAUUCACAAUCGAUGCAUUUGCUUUUCCAAAUAUUUCUGCAAAGCAACUUUACCUGCAUUGUUCAAUUGCUGUUGGGAAGAAAGCUGUGACUUCAAGUGCUAAGUCAUGCAACUUCAAAAGGAAAUCUAAAAGCUGGGUGGAGCUGCAUGGGCCAGCCUCUGUGUGUUCCUGCUGUGAUUCUGUGUGUGGUGGAGAAUUUCGACCUGACACUGUGGCCCCGCCUAUAAAUACUAUGGUCACUAAUGGGCCUUGGAUGAUCUCCAGACAAGGCCAUGAUAUAGUGGUGUUCCCUGUAAAUGGGGACAAUCCUGUGGAGGCUGAGAAGGUGCCGCUACUGAAAGAUCUUUCAAAGACGACUUGGGAAGACCCCUUAGAGAAGUUGGUGGGAGAGCCUUCUGUGUGGCAGGAGAAAUAAGAAGAUGAAAUUAGUUCCUGGGAGUAGCUGGCAAAUACAGAGGAUGGUAUUCCAUUAAAUAAAAAGGACCAUCCCACCCUGGACUUCUAUGAGGAACAUUUUCAGUUCAUUAAAGUGACAGUUUUCCUCUACUCAUUGGCUUCUUAAACCAUCAAUCCAUCUUUAUUGAGCCGAGACUUAAUUUCUCAGCCUCAAACUGGGGAGAAAUUAAGUUUUGAGUAUAUUAGUUUGUGAAUGGAUGAUCUUGUAGCUCUAAUCGGAGUAGCAUAUCUAACUAUCCCUAGGAACAGUGUGUACUCUUUCUCUCCUGCUACUGUUGCUUAAUGGGACUUGGCAAUAACACCUCUGUUAAAUUAGAUUAAAGCCUAGGGAAUUGAUUUUGGGUGCCAGUACUGAAACGUUUGACUUUACACAAGAAAAUAACUAAAAAUCCCAUGGACAGGCAGGUGUAUAGAGGACAUCCCUGGACUGUUUUCUCAUUUUAAACUUGGGGAUGUCUUCCUCUCUCCACCCCCAUAACCCUGCUGAGGUUAGCCUGAAAUGAAUACUCUGAAAGGUAGUAAAAUAGUGAGAAGAAUUGCCUCCUUCAUCUAAACCGAAUGGUACGCUGCUAUUAAAUUUGUGCAAUAACAGUUGGAUUGAAUUAUAAUAAAACAUUGUUUGCCAUGCU